AAUGUACGCCCUUCUGCCUUCUCCGUUCCGGUCUGUUGAUAGUUUGUCCCUGACCCUUGCAUCUAACACACUUAUCGCCGAUUGCGAUCUUCUAACAAAUCAACAUUUUGCAAUCAGACUGUCUUCAGUACUGAGAUGAUCAGUGCAGUCUAGCGUGUCAACGGAUCAACAUGAAGUCAUCGCAGCACGACGCUGAACAACCACCAGCGGAAACCGCAAGGACUCUUGCGGAAUGGAAGAAACCUUUACUGGUAACGUUUACAUUUUUGGCGUUCAUCACGACUGCAUUUGCAUCCUACACGUACGUGUAUUUCAAUCGACUUAAUCAGGGGAUGGAUACCGAUGAGGCUCUGAGCAACGAGGUGUUGGAUUCCGCAAUCCUUACGUUCGAAACAGAAACGAUCGACGAUCGAGACAAUCAGAAGGUCAACCAAUGCGACGAAAGCUCUUACCGCAGCUGGGAAAUGUUCAACAUAAGCGAAACCAGUUUGAUCUACCGUUUGGACCCGAUCGAGAACAUCUUCUACUUGAAACGACCGCAAGGCCGGGAGCUGAUCGUAAAUGCUUUAGUGUGCGACGAGUUGAAAACUUUUGGACAAAAGCUGUUCUUCAAGAUAUUCGAAGAGCUGCAGGUAACAUUCGAUUUCCAUCGUGCCGAUGAGUUGACGGGACGCCUAACUGGGAUGAUAAAUAUGAAGAAAUUGUACAACCGGGAUUACGUUUGGACCUGGAGUACAUUUGACACUGAACGAUACUUCGUUAGUUUGGAGGACUCGGUGCUGUCGUAUGUCGUUAGCAGUACACACACGUUGAUUGACACUUCGAAGGAAGAACUCCUCAACACCAAAACGAUCCAGUUUGAAUGUCCCGGCGUUGAGGUUUCUAAAGAAUUUAAAUCCGUUGAAAUGGGCUGGAUGGCAGUUGGUCCGACCACCUAUCCUGAGCAGCACGCCGAGAAUCUGCUACAACUCAGCGGGGUUUUCCAAGCCAAUAAUGUGUGGCGAACUUUGGCGGAUGACUGCAUUGCAAAAUAUGUUAACUCGAUUAGAAAUUUGGAAAUUAAGUCAUAUUGCAGUUGCAACACGAGUAAAGUGAACUGUACGAAUGAUAAUUGUAACAAGAUUUGGGAGUGGCCUAAGAAAAGAUCAAUUGGCUUCAAAAUCUGGUAUCAGAAUAAUCAGUGGACUUUGGCAUAUCGGUAUGAUGAUCCAAAAGAAAGCGACGAAAUACAACUGAACUAA